UAUUUUGGUUGUGACAGUUUUGGCCGAAGAAGAAAUCGGUUUAAUAUUCAGUCAUGAAAUUGAAUAUAGAUGGACUGCUGGUCUACUUUCCGUAUGACUACAUCUACCCAGAACAGUAUUCAUACAUGCUGGAACUGAAACGAUCUCUGGAUGCUAAGGGCCACUGUGUACUGGAGAUGCCAUGUGGAACUGGCAAGACGGUGUCAUUGCUGUCUCUCAUUAUUGCUUAUCAAAAGACGUAUCCCCUCGAUGUCACCAAGCUGAUCUAUUGCUCCAGGACAGUCCCCGAGUUGGAGAAGGUUGUAGAAGAACUGAAGACCCUUAUAGAAUACUAUGAGAAGGAAACAGGAGAGCCAAAUGACUUAGUAGGCCUAGCGCUGAGCUCUAGAAAGAAUCUGUGCAUUCAUCCAGAGGUCAGUCAAGAGAGGGAAGGAAAGACAGUUGAUGGAAGGUGUGCCAGACUCACUGCCUCCUUCAUCAGGAACAGAGCCAAGCAUGACAUGUCUAUUCCUGUUUGCUCAUUUUAUGAGGAGUUUGAAAACCAAGGCAGAGAGGCCCCCCUGCCUCCAGGAGUGUAUAAUUUGGAUGAUCUCAGGGAAUAUGGCAAGGAAAAACACUGGUGCCCAUAUUUUUUGGCAAGACAUGGGAUUAACCAUGCAAAUGUUGUCGUGUACAGCUAUUAUUAUCUUCUGGAUCCAAAAAUUGCUGAGUUGGUCUCCAAGGAGAUUUCUAGGAAUACAGUGGUUGUGUUUGAUGAGGCUCAUAAUAUAGAUAAUGUGUGUAUUGAAUCUAUGAGUGUGAACCUUUCUAAAAGAACUUUAGAUAAAUGUCAAACAAAUGUAGAACAGCUGACAAGACAAAUUCAGCAAAUCAAAGACUCAGAUGCCCAAAGAUUGAGAGGAGAAUACCAGAGACUUGUUGAUGGUUUGCGUGACGCCAGUGUUGCCAGGGAAACAGACAUGAUUCUGUCGAACCCAGUACUUCCAGAUGAAGUUCUUCAAGAGGCAGUCCCAGGCAAUAUAAGAAAUGCAGAACAUUUUGUGAGCUUUUUAAAAAGGUUUGUGGAGUACCUGAAAACCAGACUAAGAGUACAGCAUGUUGUGUCAGAGAGUCCGCCAUCUUUUCUACGAGACUGCUCUCAGAAAGUCUGCAUUGAAAGAAAGCCUCUUAGGUUUUGUUCAGAGAGAUUGGGAUCGUUGCUAAGAACACUUGAACUUGCAGACACCACUGACUACUCUUCUCUCAUCCUCAUGGCAAACUUUGCAACCCUCGUGAGCACAUAUGCCAAAGGGUUUGUAAUCAUAAUUGAACCGUUUGAUGACCGCACUCCGACCAUCUCUAAUCCCCUCCUGAAGUUUAGCUGCAUGGACGCCUCUGUGGCCAUAAAACCAGUCUUUGACCGCUUUCAAUCUGUAGUCAUAACAUCUGGGACAUUGUCUCCAUUGGACAUGUAUCCAAAGAUACUGGAUUUCCGUCCUGUAACCAUGGCAACUCUUACAUCAACACUUGCCAGAGCCUCAGUGUGUCCAAUGGUUGUAACUCGAGGGAAUGAUCAAGUAGCAAUCAGCUCCAAGUUUGAAACAAGAGAAGAUAUAGCUGUGAUACGUAACUAUGGCAACCUCUUAGUUGAACUUUCCACAGUGGUACCAGAUGGUAUAGUGUGUUUCUUCACCAGUUAUGUAUAUAUGGAAAACACAGUUGCUGCAUGGUAUGAGCAGUGUAAAACAGGGGCAGAAGACCCAGGAGACGGCCUCAAUCCACCCCUGUAA